GGGCGAUUCCGGCUGGCGCGGCGGCGGUGUAAAGCUCCAGGAACUUGGGCUCCAGUCCAGCGGUGCCAGCAAACGGGCAGGUUCAUCUCGUAAAUGGACACAUAAUUUUCAAAACAGCCAAUAGGAAAGAAAUGUUUAGAUUCACUCAAAAAUGUCCCAAGGUCAUCAAGAUUAUAUCAAAGUCACCAAUGGACAGGUGAUUCCUGAAACUGCAAGAUAAGGUCUCAUGACUUCUGUCUUUCAACUUUCCCUGUUCUGGCUUUAUAGUUCCUGUCCUGUCCCAAGAGCUGCAGAAAAUGAACACAUUUCAGGUUAUUGUGUGAAUAAACCCAAUGCAGUCUUCAAGUUGAAGCAAGGAAAGGAGCCAUGGAUAUUAGAAGUAGAAUUUCCACGUCAGAACUACCCUGAAGACCUAUGGAAUAUUCAUGACCUAGGAGCAAGAUACCAGGAAAGCCAAGCUGAAAAUUCAAGGACUGGAGAACUCACAAAUCAGAAAACUCAUACCAGAGAGAAAACCUAUAAAUGCAAGGAAUGUGGAAAGUCCUUCUGCCAGAAGUCUGCCCUCAUAGUACAUCAGCACACUCAUUCAAAGGAUAAACCCAGUGAAUGUGGGAAAUCUGUCUCUAGCAAUAGAGACCUCACAAGACAUCAGAAGACUCAUACCAGAGAAAAAACCUAUGAAUGUAAAGAAUGUAAGAAAACUUUCUACCACCUGUCAUCUCUCAGUAGACACUUGAGAACUCAUGCAGGUGAAAAACCCUAUGAAUGUGAUCAGUGUGAGAAAUCCUUCUACCAGAAGCCACACCUCAUAGAACAUCAGAAAACACACACAGGAGAGAAACCCUAUGAAUGUACUGAAUGUGGAAAGUUCUUCUAUGUUAAGGCGUACCUAAUGGUACAUCAGAAAACACACACUGGGGAGAAGCCAUAUGAAUGUAAGGAAUGUGGGAAAUCCUUUUCCCAGAAAUCACACCUUACAGUACAUCAGAGAACACAUACAGGGGAGAAGCCCUAUAAAUGUAAGGAAUGUGGGAAAUUCUUCUCUAGAAAUUCACACCUCAAAACUCAUCAGAGAACUCACACUGGAGAGAAACCCUAUGAAUGUAAUGAAUGUGGUAAAUGCUUCUACCAGAAGUCAGCCCUCACAGUACAUCAGCGAACUCACACAGGGGAGAAACCCUUUGAAUGUAAUAAAUGUGGAAAAAACUUUUACUAUAAAUCAGACCUUACUAAGCAUCAAAGAAAACACACAGGGGAGAAGCCCUAUGAAUGUCAUGAAUGUGGUAAAUCUUUCUCUGUGAAUUCAGUCCUCAGAUUACAUCAAAGGACUCACACAGGAGAGAAACCCUAUGAAUGUAAGGAAUGUGGGAAAUCCUUCUCUCAGAAGUCACAUUUUACCAUACAUCAGAGAAAACACACAGGGGAGAAACCCUAUGAAUGUCAAGAGUGUAAGAAAACUUUUAUCCAGAAAUCAAAACUCACUGCACAUCAGAAGACACACACAGAAGGAAAAACCUUAUAAAUAGUAUGAAUUGGGAAAUUCUUCUGUCUGAGUUCACCCUUCAGAAUAACCAGAUAAUUCACACAAGAUAAAAACCUUAUAAAUAUCAUCAUAUAUGGGAAAUAUUCAGCCACAGUCUUUCUGCACGGAAAGGAAAUAACACAGAAAUUCUGAAAAUCUAUAAAGGAGAAAAUUCUUUUUUUUUCUUUUAAUUGUUUUUUAUUAUGAAAUACACAUUUUUUAGAAUUAGUUUCA